AUAAACAAUGAUAUAAUGAGCUCUAUAGAAAACAUAUUUAAUUGUAAUGAUGAUACGUUCAACGUGAAAGAAAUAUUAAUAGGUCAGUGCACGGGACAAAUCAAUCAAACUAGUAUACGUCAAAAGUUUCCAGAUCUACAGACGCUAAGCCUUGUAGAUUGUAAUAUAAGUGGAACAUUGGAAUUCCCAUGGGCACCAAACGUGUCUCCUCUACCCGAUAAUUUAUCUAGAUCGAAUUACAUGCAGGAUCAUUAUAGCAAAUCUGUACACCUAAAUAUUCCUCCGCACAUCUUUCGAAGACAGCUAACGCUAACAAAUAAUAAGAUAACUGGUCAACAUCAAGUUAAAUUGAAUGGUUUAUUGCAUUUUGUCAAAAUUUCAAAUAAUAAUAUAUCCGAAAUUGAUGAAAACCUGUUCAAGAAUGUUCUAGCACUUCAGGUUAUUGUAAUAACAAAGGUAGGGCUACGAUGUAUUGGAAAAUUGACGUUUUCAGGUCAAAACAAAUUGACCUAUCUUGACCUCAGGAAUAAUGUAAUCACUGAUUUACCAUCGACAUUAUUCAAUCAGGUACCAAGCCUGACAUAUAUUAUUUUAUCGCAAAAUAACUUACAAAACUUACGUGAAAAACUUUUUAGUGACCUUGAACAAUUGCUCGAAAUAAACUUAGAAAACAAUAAGAUAACUGAAAUAACUGAUGGUGUUCUUCCAGUAAACAGUGUAACGUUAAAAACUCUUAAAUUAAAUAAUAACCCGUUGGUUGAGUUUCCGGUUUCUAUUUUGUACAUACGAAGUCUAAGAAAAGCUGAACUUAAGUCAACUAACAUAUCUUUCAACAAUCUUACAGCUCUCCUUGAAAAAGUUGAUGCUAGUUCGCUUCUUAGAAGUGUAAAUCCCUCAAGCAGCUCGAUUGAGAGUGAUGUUUUACAGACAACCGAUGAGUGGAGAAUAGUUGACCUAACCGGAAGUAAAGCUAGUGGUUUCUUUAUCGAUGAUGAUAUGUGCUGCCAUACAAGACGUGUUAUGUUGGUAAUUCUGAAGCAUUUCAAAUUCGAAUUAAAGGAAAACCACUUAACAUGUUUUUCAGAUAUUAUACCAUUUAAUAAAUUAAUGCUAAAUUUCACAGAGAGUGGACAUUGGAUAGGAAACGAAUACUUUUUUUCUGAUUGGUUAUGUGAAUAUCCCAAGGAACUUGAAGGGAAAUCCGUUCUCUCAAUUCAAGCAGAGGAAACAUAUUCACAAAUAGAUAUAUCUGAAUGUCCAACUUUAUGUGAGUGCUAUUUCCGGGAAGUAUAUAAUGUGACCAUUGUUAACUGCAGAGGCGUAGGCCUAAAUGAACUACCAGACACUAUGCCCUCUGGCGACUUGGAUCUGUGGUUAGAGAAUAAUAACAUACCAAAAUUAAUGUUCCGAAGUUACCUGUGCAAUGUGCGUCAACUGAUACUAUCACACAAUAUAAUAGAGCAUAUUGAACUUGCUAUUUUCCGAAAUAUGGCAAAGUUAAAGAUUUUAAAGCUUGAUAACAAUCUGCUUAUUCACAUACCAAAAAGUAUUGAGGUUCUACAGCUCAAUACUCUCUGCCUUAAGAACAACCCAUUUGUUUGUGACUGUCGAACAUUAUGGUUCAAAAAGUGGUUGUUAAGAAAUGUAUUUUUAAUUGACAACUUACGUGAGGUCACUUGUAGUAGUGAGAGCGAUAAUGGACAUCAAAUUAUUUCUGUUCCAGAUUAUAAAUUUACAUGCAAGAAACCCACUGUGUUCCAUCAUUAUACCAAACCAGUCGCUGCAGCUACAUCAGUUAUCUUAAUUAUUGGUGUGAUUACCUUUUUGUUAGUAUACUAUAGACUUGAAAUCAAAGUUCUUUUAUAUGUCAACUUCGAAUGGCAUCCUUUUGAUCGUGGGAAACUUGAUCGAAAUGAAAUAGUUGAUCUGACAAUAAUACACGCUGUAGACACGACGAAAUUUGUCGACGAGCAGUUGGUUCUACCGUUGCAACAAUUAGGUUUUGUUAUUUGUAGCCAGGCAAAUGAUUUCAUUGCUGGAUAUUCAGUGCAUGAAAACAUUUCCUCGGCAGUAUUUUAUAGCAAGCACGUGCUUCUCAUACUGUCAGAAACCAUGAUAACCGAUUCAGUAUUAUUAGACUUGACUUUGGCAGAAUGUCAGGAGAAAAUGAAAGUGAAAAGAGCAAAUUUUCUUCUAGUGACGAACAUCGCUCCUACUUCCAGAGUUGCCAAAUUAAACAAAGACUUACAACAAUAUAUACAGCUUCAUCAACAUUUAAACUGUAAGGGAUCAUUAUUUCUAAGUAAAAUACGAUAUAUUUUGACUUCAUAUCAAACUAGUGAAAGCAAAGCCAUGAUGGCCGAUUUAAAUCACAGACGGUUACUUCCUAUAAAGGAUACUCUGCAAUAUACCAAAGACAAUGAAUACGAUUUAUUCUUUUGUUAUUCAAGCGACGAACGUGAUUAUUGCCAGAACAACUUAAUACCUCAAUUAGAACAGGAAUCGUACAGAAUUUGUACUCCGGAUAGUCAUUUUCAUCCAGGGGACUAUUUAUUGACAAAUAUUGGUCUCGCUGUCGAAUCCUCGUCUCAUACAAUUUUCGUUACCUCAAAUCAUGAUUCAUUUGAUGAAUUACAACUAUUUGUGUUUCAAAAGGCAAUAGAGAAAACACGUUUAAAAAAAUAUAACCAUUUGAUAGUUAUAUUAAUUCAGGGAAAAACUUGUCCACUAGGAGAAAAAGAUAUAAACGAAUAUUUUCAUUCUUUUGUUUACUUAGAUACCACAGACAAACAUUUCUUUUUAAGAUUAAAAACGUCGAUACUCCAAAAAAAUGAAAUAGACGUUUCCGAUGUGAACAUACGAAAUGGAAUUAAACCGGAAUAUCAAUGGAUUAUGGGUAAUAUAGUAAGAAAUACAACUUUUUUACUGGCAUUGACGGUGGCAGCAUCAACUGGUUUUCUGUGUCAAAUGGAACUUAAACCGUUUAACUACCCUUCCCUUUAUAAUCAAGAUUCAAAACCAGUUAAUACUAUUGGACGAUUAAUAAAGAUUCGAUCAAAUUAUAAUUGUGAUUUGAACACAACGGAUAUUCUGAACCAUUACAACUUUCCAAAUGAAAGUAUGACAGUUGGAUUUUUUGUUUUUAUUUGCGACGAAUAUAUAAAGAUAUCUUUUAAACAGUUAGAAAACGCAGCAAUUGUUUCAAAUUUGAUAAGCUAUGUUCAGCUAGACAAAUGUAGUUUUGAUAUAGAAAAUAUUGAUUCAUUCUUUUUAAUAAUUAAUACACGUGUAUUUACAAUAUUGACAGCUAAUUUUACUUCUAUUGAGGUGACAGAUAAAAGAUUAUCGUGUGAAGGCUCCAAAAAUAUUCAAGCACUUGGUAUAAACUGUAUACAACAUGACAUAAUGAGCUUUAUACAGUAUAUGUUCAAUUGUAACAAUGAAACUUCCAAUGUGAAGGAGAUUUUAGUAAGUCAAUGCAUAGGAGCUAUUAAUCAACAAAUGCUUCGUAAAAUAUUUCCAGAUCUUCAAACAUUAGAGGUUGAUAAAUGUGAAUUAAAAGGAAAAGUGGAAUUUCCGUGGUCCAUCAACGAUGCAUUCCUCACAGAUAAUUUGUCACGGUCAGAGUAUCUACAAAACCAUCUUAUAAAGUCUUUCCAUCUUAAUAUUCCAUAUAACAUGUUUCGGAGACAGCUAUCAUUGAUGAACAAUGGACUCACGACAGGAAGUAACAUACAACUAAGUCGAAGGUUGCACUUUUUCAGAAUUUCGAAAAACAACAUUUUCUAUUUUGAUGAAGAUAUUUUCAAAUAUGUAGACGGACUUCAAGUUGUUAUAUUAACUGAACUUGGAUUACGAGAAAUUAGAGGACUAACAUUUUCAGGGCUGACUGAAUUACUCCAUCUUGAUCUUAGUAAAAACGAACUAGGUGAUUUACCGUCCGGAGUUUUUGAUCACUUAUCAAGCCUAACAUUUCUUAGUUUAGCAAACAACAGUUUAACGGUGUUACCGAAACAAGUGUUCUUUCACCUUAACAAAUUGAUUUCUCUAAAUCUAGGAUAUAAUAAGAUCCUUACAGUAGGCCAAGAAAUACUUCCAGUUAACAGUGUAGGGUUAAACAGUGUCAUUUUAAAAAACAAUCCACUAAGAGAUUUUCCGGUUACAUUGCUUUAUAUACGAGGUCUAAAAACAAUUGAUGUUAGGUUUACCAAUAUCAAUUUUCAAAAUAUGACAGCUUUGCUUGAACACGUUGACCCGACCUCGCUUAUAAGAAGUGUUGAGUCGUCCAGUAGCUCGAUGGACAGUGACUAUCUACAAACAACAAACACUUGGAGAAAAAUUGAUUUAAGCCAUUCUAAUGUCACUGGUUUCUUUAUAAAAACUAAUGCAAGCGCACAUGCAAAACGUAUGUUGUUGGUAAUAUUGAAGCAUUUCAAAUUUGUGUUUUUAGCGCAAUCUUUCAAAUGUUAUUCUGAUAUACUACCUUUUAAUAAAUUGAUGCUAAACUUGACUGACAUUGGAUAUUGGACAGGGGAGGAGUAUUUCUACACUGAAUGGACAUGCAAAUUACCAUUUGAAUUCAAAGGAAGAGCUGUUCUUAGACUCAAAGCAGAAGAGACAUAUUCAGUAGUCAAUAUAACUGACUGUCCACCUUUAUGUGAAUGCUACAUUCGUGAAAUGUUUAAUGUAACCAUAGUUAACUGCAGAGAUAAAGAAUUAAACACACUUCCGGAAAAUAUGCCGAGUGGAAUGCUGGAUAUCUGGUUAGAAAAUAAUAAUAUAUCAAAACUCACCGUACGUAAAUAUUUAGGGAAUAUACGACAACUUCUUAUCUCCAACAAUAAAUUAGGUGAAAUAGAACCUGAUGCUUUAAAAAAGAUGAUUAAUAUAAAACGGUUGACACUAGAUAAUAAUUUACUAAUUCACAUCCCAGAAAAUAUCAAAGAUUUAGAUAUCUAUGCGAUCAGCUUGCAAAACAAUCCCUUUGCUUGUGACUGUAAUUCUUUGUGGUUCAAAAAGUGGCUGAUAGUGAAUAUUGAUUUAAUUAAAAAUAUCCAUGGUGUUACUUGUAAUAGUGAAAACAACCAAUAUGCGCAACAAAUUGUUCUGCUCCAAGAUAAUAAGUUUGUAUGCCACGAUAGAACUAUACAUCAAUCUUAUGUGAUUCCCGUCGUCGUAGGAAUAUUGUUGACAUUUAUUGCACUGUUUCUUGGAUUCUACUUUAGAGUAGAGAUCAAAGUUCUAAUUUACGUUACUUUUGAAUUACAUCCUUUUGAUCGACGGAAAUGUGAUAAAAGGGAGAUAAUAGACCUGACAAUUAUUCACGCUAAAGAUUCGUCAGAAUUUGUGGAAGAAAAAUUGGUAUUUCCCCUUAAACAAAUGCAAUUCAUUGUUUUUAGUGUUGCACACGAUUUUAUUGCUGGAUAUUCUUUGCAGGAAAAUAUUUCCUCUGCAGUAUUGCAAAGCAAACAUGUUCUUCUUAUAUUAUCCGAUGAUAUGUUGGCAAAUACAGUAUUAAUGGAUUAUACAUGGGCGGAGUGUCAAAAUAAAAUAAAAGUAAACAGAGCUAAUUUCCUGCUAGUAACAAGUGUUACAGAAAACAAUGUGGUUACAGCAUUAAACAAGGACGUUCAGAAAUAUAUCAAACUCCAUAAACAUUUAAAGUACAGAAAUGCACUAUUUUUAAGUAAAAUAAAAUAUACAUUAAGAUCAUACUCAAAGAAUAAUCUAGGAGCUAGUCACGAUAACCUAAUGAUUCAUAUGAAUACCAAAAAAGUAUUUCCGUUUGAGAGGGAGCUGAAAAUAACGAAAGGGCAUGAAUAUGAUCUAUUCUUUUGUUAUUCAUGUGAUGAACGUGAUUACUGCCAAAGCAACUUAAUACCACGCUUAGAAAAAGAAUCAUACAGAAUCUGUACUCCGGAUAGUCAUUUUCAUCCUGGUGCCUGUAUAUUGACAAAUAUUGGGAUUGCCGUCGAGUCCUCUUCACAUACAAUUUUUGUGACUUCAAGUUUAGAAACAUUAGAUGAUUUACAAUUGUUUGUGUUUCAAAGAGCGAUUGAAAAGACACGUCUUAGCAAGUACAACCAUUUAAUAGUGAUAUUUCUGAGGGAUAAGACAAGUGAAAUAGAUGACAAAGAUAUUAAGGAUUAUCUUAAUUCUUAUGUGUACUUAGAUGUCACAGACCGUAAUUUUAUGGCAAAGUUGAAAAAUGCGUUGAUGCCGCAAAUAAAGGUUAAUUUGUCGGAUAUAUAUAUUAUUAAUAGAUAUGGAUUUACUUAAUUUUUUCUGGUUUGAAGAUUGCAAUAUGAAUAUUGUACAAAACGUAGCACGCAAUGUACUUUUACUACCUCUCAAGAAACAGCUGAUGUGAUAUUGUUUAACUGAUAACUUUGUAUUAUGUUUGAGAAUAUGUUAAGUUGUUUUGAUCUACCAAAUGAUAUUAUUUAAUCACAGAUACAUGUAUGUAUAUAUUAUUUUAUUACAUUUUUAGUAUCAGAACCUUUCAUAUAAUUUAAAGGAUCAAGACAUAAUAUUUUACAUACAUCCUGAUAUUUUUGCACUUAUCCUUCUUUGUUAUAUUUUUCACUGAAAGCAUGCCAUUGAUGUGUGUUUUAUUUUCGGAAUUUGUCAAGUGACUGUCAUAACGUUGCUAAACUACAUGAUUUCAGCUGUUGUCCCACUGUCAUUGUCAGUCUGCUUUGGUUUUAAUUAAAUUGUAUAUCACCGCUUUGUGAAGUGAAAUGCAUUGACCCGAACUUUAUUACUUUGGCCAAGAUAUAUAAUCAAAGUCAAAAUGAUCGAACCGACAUUUAUAAGUUUGACCCAAACUUAUCAAAACAUCUUCCUGAUUGCUGUUGAAAUAGGGGCAGAGAUUGGGUGUUUUCAUGCUCGGAAUUUGAUGAUUGACCAUUUCGGGAGCCGAGAAUUCUUUUUUAAAACUUCGGGAUGGCGGGUUUUAAUUUUUUUUUAAAUUCGGGACCUCGGGAUUUUAUGUUUUUAAGCCCGGGAUUGUGGGAUCAGGACCCUUCCGACCCCCUCUUGAAACAAAUCAAAACAUGCAAUAAUUAUUACGCAUUUCAAAGGCGGUAAAUCGGUUAUCUUUAUGUUUGCAUAUUCGUAUUUUCAAUUUAUAAUUUAUAUUGACGGCUUUCAACAAUGAGCAAAACACACACAUAUCGUCAGCUAUCAAAUGACCUUAUGUGCUACAUUUCAAUGCUUAAAUAAAACCAACCAAUAGUUUUUUUUUAAAUCAAAAAAUCAAAAUUCAGAUUUUUAAAAUGAUCUAGUCAACAAGAUACAGUCGAAUACAAAUAAUACUCAUUAUAGAAUAUCACUGGUUUGAUUUUUCAAUUUUAAAGUUUCCCAGAGUUCGGUAUUUUUGUGAUUUUACUUUAUAAAAAAGUCAUGUAGCAAAAUAUCUUAUAACAAAGAAAGUCGAUUUAUGCUUUAUUU